GCCAUCAUUGACGGCGGUCGCCACCAAAAAAUCUCCACCACGAACAAGGCAGCGAUCGGUAUAUAGAAGACGCUGUACCUGUAAACUCUAUUUGUCGUGAACUCAACCCAAGUAUCAUCACAAGUAAAAAACUCAAUCAUGGCAGAACAACAGCGCGCAUACCAGAUUGGGUAUCAGCCUAAUCAAGUCCGCCAUCACGAAUGGCGCACGGCAGAGAACAGUGCCGAGCAGCUGAUUCCUGUACUGAGGGAGCGUGCAGAGAAGAAUCCCAAACUGACGCUGCUUGACGUCGGCUCAGGGUCCGGCACAAUUGCCACAUCGCUUGCAAAAUAUAUCCCUGAGGGAACUGUUAUUGCAACAGACUUGUCCGAUGACAUCAUGAAGCGGGCAGAAGAGCUUGCGCGUGAAGCUGGCAUCACAAAUGUCACCUUUGAACAAGCCGAUGCCUACCAUCUUCCUUUCCCCGAUGAAUUCUUCGAUGUAGUACACACAUCUCAGAUGCUUAUCCACAUGGACGAGCCUCAAAAUGCUAUUAAGGAGUUGGUCAGGGUCGCCAAAAGGGGAGGCGUCGUAUCGUGUCGCGAGGGUGACUUGCCUCUUAUGGUCUAUUGGCCAGAAAUACCAGCUCAGCAGCGUUUUCAGAGGCUAGCCGUCACGUUACAUGACUUGACAGCAGGAAAAAGUACUUGUGGACGACGGCUCGUGGGGUUGGCUCUCAAGGCCGGUGUCAAGCGAGACCAGAUCCAAGCUAGCUGGCAUACCUGGUGCUACAGCUCGCCCGAAGAACGAGAAAUAAUCAGUGCCACUUUUUCGGAUAGACUAAAAGCCGGAAGCUGGGGUAAAGGUAUGCUAGAACACGGCCUUGCCACAGAGGUCGAGAUCCAGGAAAUGAUUGACGCAUGGCAAGAGUGGAAAGAGAGUGAGGAUGCAAACAUGGCAGUCCCUAGUUGCGCCAUUCUUAUUUUCAAAUAAUAAAAAGUAUUUGUAUGAUUAGAAUUAAUAUACUUUUAGUUGAACAAAUCCCCUUGAUGCUAGAUAGAUAGUGGACACGCUUUUUCGCUGACUGUUUAGAAUACAUACUGUGAC